AUGGACCGAAUCGGCGGCUUCAACAACCUGCACCGAAGCAUCAGAGCCAUGCGCUCAAUCGAAGAAAGAGCCGACACUGGCAUUGCAGACUCUCCCCACUAUAAGCCUGCAGGGCUCGUAGCAGCUAGUCCGGACGGCUUGGCGACUGUGAGGGACACAAGAGAUCCUUCCGCACUCACUCAACCGGCCAUCACUUACAGCAGCUCUGUGACAAGCUCGCUCUCGCCUCCUGAACCUGUCAAGCCGACAACACCCUCGACUGGCGCCUCGGUUGCUGAAAGCGCCGAUGUCGAGCUACCGUCGGACAAGCAGGCGAGGCGCAAGAAGCGCAUCGAGCGCAAGUCUGCUAGUUGUAAUCAAUGUCGACGCAAGAAACUUCGCUGCGACCGACUAUAUCCUUGUGGCAGCUGUACGAGCCGAAAGACCGACUGCGUCUGGGAGGGUGCCGUGCCUCUCCUGACUGCUCGAGACAUCAACGAUGCGGUCGAGCUCAGAGCAAAAGUCGAGCAGCUCCAAGCUAUCGUCGACAGGCUCACUCAAGCUCGGGCAGAGGCCGUGCCUACUUUCUAUCCUGACGCGCCAGAGCAAGCCCGGCCCGGCUAUCAUGCGAUAGGCACCGGUAGCUCGAACAACACGAGUGGCUCGUCCAUGUCAUCUGGUAGGGCCGCGAGCUCGAUCCAAUCUGGCUCGAGUACCUCGACACUGGCCAAUGAUCGUGGGCCACGCGAGGAACAGUCUACUUCCAAAGAGCUGCACGAUCUCAAGGCGAACGAUCUCUGCGAGACCCUGAGUCAUAUGGUCAUCUCGCAAGUCGUCCAGUUUGACGUACCGCGGUCCAAAGCUCUCAAGGAGUGUCGACUCGUCACAGAAGCGCAAGAAAGGAUGCUCCUACCGCAAGCUUUUGGUUAUUGCGAUAACAAUCUCCCUCCUCCCCAAAGCUUACCCGCUGAUGCCAAUGCGAUGCUGGCCAUCCCGUUCGGCUCCACGAACGUACGCAUUGAAGAUCUGAUCAACAAGCUGCCAACAGAGCCUCAGAUGCGAUCCGCUCUCUCGUACUACACCCGCUUCAUCGACUGGUACCAGCAUGCGGUAUGCCUGCCGGACUUUCAUCGGCAAUGGGCCGAGAUGCGACAGGCUAUCGUGACGGGUCAGCACGACAGAAUCGAUCUAGCCUUCAUGGCUACCUUUUUUGGCGUGUGUGCCAUGGGAGUCAGCAUGAUGCCACUAGCUCGAGCGAUCCGGGACGGACUCGGAGCAGACAAGGAGAAGCUCGUCGAUCAAUGGCUUGAGGCUGCAAUGCGUGCACUCAUCGCAGGCGCGUUCUUGACCAAUCCCAGCCUCGAGGCGAUCCGCGCCAUCGUCAUCCUGAACACGUUCUACAUCUUCAUGACGCCUGCCGAAGCCUGUGGGUCAGGCAUGGCAUUACUGGGCAUGGCCGGUCAGCUGGCGUUUCAGCUUGGGCUUCAUCGAGAUCCAUCACAUCAACCCGAUCGCUACACAUUCAAGCAGGCAGAAGAUCGCAGAAAGACCUGGUGGACACUGCUCUCCUUUGAAGUCCUCGCGGCAGCUGCGCUUGGUCGCAACUGGUCCACGUUCGAUCUGAGCAAUGUCGAUACGCAGUUUCCCCAGGACGCCAAUGAUGACGAGAUCACGGAUCGAGGGAUCGUGCGCAAUUCGACGGGCGAGACUAUCAUGAGCUUCUUGCUGAUCAGAUACCGUACCGCUGUCGUGUCCAAAAGUAUCACCGACACUGCGUUCGGCGUGGAAGGUGUGACUUACAAGGCAGUCCUGGAGCUAGAACGGAAGAUAGAGCACCUUGAGGGCUCCAUGCCGCGUCACUAUGCAAAUGGCUGGAACGGAACUCGGCUCAACCUCGCUGCCAAGAAUCCUCUGCAAGAGUUGCGCGUCUGCAUCACUCACAUCGCUAUCUGCACUGAGCGCAUGCGACUUCAUCGGCCCUUCUUAACAAAAGGCUUCACCGAUCCAGUGUACGCUCGUUCGAGACAUCUUUGUAUCAAAGCAGCCAGAGUCUUCCUGGCCAUACACGCAAGGGCGUGCUGUCGACAGAACUGGGGAAGCUUGCAUUUCAAAUCAUCUGGGGCAUGCAUCAUCUUACUCCUUGAGCUCCUGCAAAAUCCUCACAACCCCGAAGCAGACACCUAUCGCGCGGAGAUCAAGAACGCGAUGUCAAUCAUUCGCAUGUCUGCACAAGAAUCUGUGCGUAUUCGUAUAGUCUUUGCAAUCGAUCUCAUGCGCGAGCAGAGCUGUGCACGUAAAGCAAUAAAGAUUUUGACCUUUCUUAGUGAGAAAGAGGCUGAGGUGUCGCAAACAAAUAUGCACAAGGUGGCAAAGCGAGCGAGGACGAAUUUCGAUGCGAACGACGGAUUGUCAACUGCAAUCGAUCCUUUCGCACUGACAGAGGCCCAGCGUGCACGUCAUUCAGACGAGCCGCAAGACUCGCAAAUCCUCUGGAAGUCAACCGCACCCUGGCCGCUCGAGCCCCUCAAUCUCUACACGCUUCCCUCACAAGCACAUCGCCUCGUGCGCAAUCCUCGCAGGACAAGCGACAAAGAAAUACCGACUGGCCUGCCUACUCGUCAGGAGCCGGAGGUAGAGGAUCUGAGUGCAUAUCAGUUCAGCUUUCAACCGCCGCCGUUGACUCAUCUCGAGCCACUGAGUAGUGCACCAGGCAGGGGCAGGCAGUCCUCUCCGCCAGCGGACGCAUUAGGCUCUUCGAGCACACUCUACAGUCCCAUCACGCACGGCAUCAGCCUUGAAGGCGCUCUGUGGCACGCUAGCUAA